GCGGAGGGAGGCGGCGGCGGCGGCGGCGGAGGGGGGAAGAUGGCGGCGCCCGUCCUGCUGAGAGUGUCGGUGCCGCGGUGGGAACGGGUGGCCCGAUGGGGUCGAGGAUUUGGUCUUUUGGGUUCCAUUUUUGGAAAAGAUGGUGUAUUAAACCAGCCAAACAGUGUCUUUGGACUUAUAUUUUAUAUACUACAGUUAUUCCUUGGCAUGACAGCCAGCGCAGUUGCAGCUCUGGUCCUCAUGACCUUCUCCAUCGUGUCCGUGAUGGGGUCUUUGUACCUGGCCUACAUUCUGUACUUUGUGCUGAAGGAGUUUUGCAUCAUCUGCGUCACCACAUAUGUGCUGAACUUCCUUCUCCUCAUCAUCAACUACAAACGACUGGUUUACUUGAAUGAGGCCUGGAAGCGACAGCUGCAGCCUAAGGAAGACUGACGG